AUGGCGUCGCCGUGGCCUCCUGGCGAAUGUAAACAAAAUGCAAGAAAAUUUUCAUGUCAUCUACACGCACAGAAGCUUUUGCUGGCUCUGAAUGAGAACAGGCACAAUGCACAUCUAUGUGAUGCAAUUGUUGUUAUUGGUGAAGAGAAAAAACACGUCCAAAAGAAUGUACUGUCGGCUGCCAGUCACUACUUCAGAGCACUGUUUAACUACGGUGAGGCAACAGAAACAGAAAAUGGCAAAACUGUGAUCAACCUUGGAUCUGUCAGUGUAACCAUGGCGACCUUCACCUUGAUACUGGACUUCCUGUAUACUGCUGAGAUCAACCUGUGCCCUGACACGAUCCAAGAUGUCCUACAAGCAGCAGACCUGUUCCUUCUGAAUGACCUGAAGGUCCUGUGCUGUGACUACCUUGACACGUGCAUCACGCCCACCAACUGUAUAGGAAUCCGGGAGUUCUCUGCCCAGUAUACCUGUAGCUGGCUCCUCCACAAGGUCACACGCUACCUGGAUGAGCACUUCAGGGAGGUGAGUUUCUGUGAUGAGUUCCUUAGCCUCUCGGCUGAUGCUGUCACAGAACUACUCAAUCGGGACACUCUUGUCAUCAACUCUGAGGAUGACAUCCUUGACGCUAUCAUCCGAUGGUUUCGCUUUGAUGUCCAAGGUCAUCAGCCAGAGAUGAUUAAUGCAGUGACAAGAUGUGUACGUGCUGCCCAGAUAUCAGAGAGUUUCCUGGAGGCAUUUGAAGAUCAAAGUCCCGAUCUUCUUCACUUAAGCUUGCCAAAACUGAUCGGAGAUCUUCGACAGACGGCAACAGAGCUACGUCCAAGGGGAUUCAGCUGUGUUCUCCUGGCUUGUGGGGGAGAAGGAAAUGUGUCAGACCAUAGUGAUGACUCUGAAGUCAAGGCAACUGUCAACUGUGUCAAGAUCUACAAUCAAGGCACUUCUACCAUCGGUCAGUGGAUUUCAUUGCCCAAUAUGAAUACCCGGACUGGACAUGGCAUGGUUGAAGUUGGUGGGUGCAUAUAUGUAUUUGGAGGACGAGACCAUCACUGUCAAAUCUUGAACACCGGUGAGAAGUAUGACCCCAAUACUAACACGUGGACUGUGUGUGCACCUAUGGCACAUGCUCGUGUUGGCUUCGGGCUUGUCGCAGUCGACGACAACAUUUAUGCUAUUGGUGGCAGCAAUGACAUGACAGAUCCCUUGACCUUCAUGGAAACCUACAACGUCUUCUCCAACAAGUGGCAGUCCCUUCCUGACAUGACAAUGAAAAGAGUAUGGUCAGCUUACGCAGCUGUGGGGAAGAAGAUCUAUGUCAUUGCUGGUGGCACAGUUGGCAAGUUUUACGAAGCAGUGGAAUGUUUCGACACUCGAACUGAGACGUGGGUGUCGGUCUGUCCCAUGAGGGAAAGACGAUGUGAUGCAAGAGCCGUAACAGUUGAUGAGGACAUUUACAUUUUUGGUGGAUUUCGUCGAUUUGAAUGUCCUAGUGCAAUGCAUUCUGGGCACAGCUUGAAAUUCUGCGGCACGGAAAUAUACUCCACGUGUAACGAUCACUGGCUCCCGAUGUGUAAUAAAGGCGGAGUACCGGGGAUGUGUACAAUGACAGAUGUGUCACAUAUAGAGGGAGCAGUCUACAAUGGGGAAGAUGUGCUGGUGGUUGGUGACCUUGACAUUGGCAAUGCGUUUCACUGUGUACGAGCUUACAACAAGAUUACAAACUCAUGGCGAUGUGUCGUCCAGAACAAGCCCAAGAACCAGAGGUUCUACCAAGUUUGUCUUCUCCAUAUGCCAAAUGCAGUUCUCCGGAAGCUCCUCUGGGACCAAGAAAAGAUGGUCUAUUCGGACCUGAAAUGAUGAAGAUUUGGAUAGUUGUCAAAAGUUUACUGACCCAAAGGAAAGCUGAAGAGAAAUUCAUAACAAAAUCACAGGUGUUUCAAAAUUUCCACCAUCUCUUUAACUGAGGUGUCUGUGUGUGGUGGUGGUGUGUGUAUGAGUGUGUGAGUGGUUGCUGCACAGAUAUGACUUGACCAUGUACAAGGAAUUCUGUUAUGAAUUUUGCUUCAACUGGCUAUGGAUGAUGACAGCAUUUCACAUUCUUGUAUCCAAGAUUUUAUGCUUGCACCAAAGUCAAUACUGUGGCGUGUGUAGUAUUACUGACCAGGCUAGCUAUUCUUGAAACGUUUGUAGCCCUACAACCUUCUUAAGCCCAUUCUUAACACA